UUGAGACAGAGACCGAUAGAGAUCGAAUUCCCCGCAGCGGCAACCGCAACCGCCUCCCUCUUUCUCCUCGCCCCCCCUUCAAAUAUCCGCUCGGCCGCCAAAACCAACCGCAACCAAAGCGAAACCCCAACCCCAACCAACAGCAAUCAGUCAUGGAAAUCAACCGAGGGAGGCAGGCGCCCGCCGCGGCAGGCCCCCUCCUGCCGCCUCCAGGGGCCGUGCCGCCGCCGGCAACCGACGCCGGCCACCUGGAGCUCCUCGGGGUGCUCCGCCUCCGGGCGAGGGGCGUCCCCGCGUGGAUGCUCCCGCCGUACAUCCUCCUCGAUGUGGACAUAUACGGCUCCAACCCGCGACAACUCCUGGAGUCGCACGCGCCUGCCACCGCCUCCGACGGCACGUCGGCCCUCUACUUCCUGAGCGUGGUCCGCGCGAAGACGGCGGGCGACUACAGAGAGAGGAGGAGCGUCCCCGGGGGGUUCUGGAGGUCGGAUCGAGCCCCGGUGCCGCUCGUCUCCGAGGCGAUUCAAGGUACUCGGCGCACCUUCUUCUACACCGAGCUGGGGUCGCACUCGCACGGGGAGAAGAUCGGUACGGGGUUCAUGAUGCAAGAGCUCAUCCUCGUCGGCGAGGAAGAGGCGCGCCAAGGCGGCGACGGAUUGGCCUUGUGCAAGAUCUAUGUGAGUCCGCACGGAGGGAGGGACGCGCCCGGCAUCGCCAAUUCAAUCAACAAGAGGAAGAUCGGGGAGCAAGGCGUCGCCAGUUCAAGCAAGAGGAGGAAGAUGGUGGCCGGGGCCGCCUCCUUCUCUCCGGCUCCUGUUCGGGCCGCCUCGGCGCCUGCGCCUGCUCUCCGCCCGGCGCCUGCUCUUCCGGUGAGGAGCUCCAGUCUGCCUCAACAAGACCCCUCCCCUGCGCCUGCUCUCCGCUCCGCGCCUGCUCUUCCGGUGAGGAGCUCCAGUCUGCCUCAACAAGACCCCUCCCCUGCGCCUGCUCUCCGCUCCGCGCCUGCUCUUCCGGUGAGGAGCUCCAGUCUGCCUCAACAAGACCCCUCC